AUGUGUGUUAAGUUCAAUCCAAUUAACCUUCAAGUCAACUGCAAGGUACCGGACCUGGAGGAGGAGGAGGAGGAGGAGGAGGAGGAGGAAGAGGAGGCAGGGGUCAGCGGGAACCACAAAUCACAAUCUUUCUAUCGCCAGUCUUCGGUCUCACAUCCGCACGCAGAGCCCAGGGUGGAGCUGCUGUGUUUGAGUGACAGGAGCGGCUCUCAUGCACUAUUCAUCCCUCUGGCCUCACGCUGCUCUGGUCCACGUGCUGGGGCCGCUCAGGAGGCGCUCCGCCAUAUAUGGGCAGAGACGGCGUGA